UUUCGCCUCCCGAGGGAAGUUCAGUUGCGCCUCCCCCAAGCACGACCUCACUGCAGCGCGUAGCAGUGCUCCACGCCGGCUGUAUAAAUACCGUGCAAAUCAUACAGACCGAGAACACACAAGCUAAACUUGCUCGAGGAGUGACAAGAGCAGAGACAGACACCGGUCCAUUCCAUACACACUCCACUAGCGAUUUGGCGUCGAUACAUCAUCGCCAUGUCGUCCUAUCCCAAGGCCAAGGCCAACAACGGAGAGCAGCAGCAGCGCCUGGUCUGCGUGACCGGAGCAGGCGGUUUCAUCGGGUCGUGGGUGGUGCGGGGGCUCCUCCUGCGCGGCUACCGUGUCAGGGGAACUGCAAGAGACCCUGCGGACAGCAAGAACGCGCACUUGCUCGCGCUGGAGGGGGCCGAGGAGAGGCUCUCCCUGUGCCGCGCCGAUGUCCUGGACUACGAGUCGCUCCGUGCCGCGUUCACCGGCUGCCACGGCGUCUUCCACAUCGCCUCCCCGGUGUCCAACGCCCCUGAGCUCGUGCCGGUGGCUGUGGAGGGCACCAGGAACGUGAUCAGCGCCGCGGCGGCCGAGGGCGUGCGCCGGGUGGUGUUCACCUCUUCGUACGGCGCGGUGCACAUGGACCCCAACCGGAGCCCCGACGCCGUCCUGGACGAGACCUGCUGGAGCGACUACGAAUUCUGCAAGCAAACAGAUAACUUGUACUGCUGUGCCAAGAUGAUGGCCGAGAUCACGGCGACGGAGGAGGCGGCGAAGCGGGGGCUGCAGCUGGCGGUGGUGGUGCCGUGCGUGACCAUGGGCCCGAUGCUGCAGACGACGCUCAACUUCAGCAGCAAACACGUCGCCCGCUACCUCAUGGGCACCAAGAAGUCCUACCCCAACGCCGUCGCCGCGUACGUCGACGUCCGCGACGUCGCGCGCGCGCACGUGCUGGCCUACGAGAGCCCCGACGCGCGCGGCCGCUACCUCUGCAUCGGCACCGUGAUGCACCGCGCGCAACUCAUCGGCAUGCUCAGGGAACUCUUCCCGCAGUACCCCAUCACGGCCAAGUGUGAAGACGACGGCAAGCCAAUGGCCAAGCCGUACAAGUUCUCCAGCCAGAGGGUCAAGGACUUGGGCUUGGAGUUCACUCCCUUGAGGAGAAGUUUGUACGAAGCAGUGACAUGCAUGCAACAGAAGGGGCACCUUCCUGUCAUCGCACAACAGCGGCGUGCAUACUUGUAAAUCAAAGAUACACAGCGGCCAUCUCUUCUUCGAAAAAACAUCGGAUUCCCGAGACAGAAUAAACAGAGAUGACAGGAAAAUAAGAUGGCAUAUGGAGUUUGGAAAUUCAGUGCGUAAUGUUCCAUCAAGUGCAUGAAGCAUCUUAUUUUAUAUUAUAUGUACAUGUAAUACACUUAUCUGAUGAAUAAUAAAGUUCUUGCAAAUCAAUGGGAAAAAAAGACUGAAAAUCUUAAUUCCAAGGGCAUAUUGAAAUUCAGGUGUUUCUAUUGCUCGGAACGAAACUUCAGUGUAUGCGUAAGGAAUGUUCCAGAGGAGUGAAGAGUGCUAGAAAUUCCCUCCUUGACCAGCAAAAAGAAAAAGAAAAAAAAAAGU